CGGUUCGGGCCUUGGCAUUGAUGGAGACGGUGCAGUUUGGCGGUUUUCGUGAGUGGUCCAACGGUGCGCACCGUGCUCGAGCUGGCAGGCCGGUGUUGCUCGUCUCAGUGAGCGGCCUCGCGUCCUGCUAUGCACUUGCCAGCGUAGACGGGGAUUUCGACCGUACCUUAGGCCAAGACAAAGCCGCCCCGGUUGCAGGCAAGUUCGCCCCCCCUCCACGCAAAUCCGGAGCUUACCUGCUUGGAUGGAGCGGACAUGGUAUCGUAUUCGAUCUCGGUGCGUUUGGCUUUUUUCUUAUCUUAUCGCCUCAUUGCCAAGUUUUCAUGUCUACUUGUUCAGACAUGACUUAUGUGUAAAUAUCGGCGGCGUUCAUCGCUCGCCUUUUUGCUCACCUCGACACAGCCCCAUCCCCCCUUCCUCCGACAUUGUCACUUCCACCGGUCAAUAUUGGUGCGAUGCAAGUUAGCAGUAUUCAUCUCACCUCUUUUCUCGCACCACGCACCAACCCCCAUCCUGUCGUUUCGGCUCCAUGCAUCUUCGGUGGCUCUCGCUAGGCAGGACCCCCCUGAUGAACUCUGCCUCGGAUUUUUCCGGCUUGUUCCUGCAAUCAAGGAUUUUACCUUGCUUGCAAGGUCACUUUCCAGCCUGGUAUUCCUUAGCGUUUUUCCCACCCUCUUUAUAUUGUUUGCUUUUUCCCACCACUCACCGCCUCUCGACUCUCGCACGUGUGCUUUUCUCCAGCAUUAUUACUCCUCCUGCACCUUGGACAACCACCAUGUGGGCCCUUAUAGGGGGGACCUCAGGACGUUUGCAUGGGGCCUAAAAGGCCUUUUUCACUAUAAACGUCCUAGGACAUCCUGGCCAUUCAGUUUCAUUCAUUUGUUGCAAAUGUCCUCAGAUGUCCUAAUUCAGUUUGAUUCAAUGGUUGCAAAUUGUCCCGGAAUGCCAUACUCGUCCAUCCCAUGGUCUGUGCACAUGCUGACCACUGUCUAGAGGGAUGUCAACACUGUUUCCCAUGGUCUGAACACACUUUACAUAGUUGAAUAGCCCCUUUGAAUAGCUU